UCAAAAUUAUUUAUGGUAGACGAAAGUCCAUCGGGUAGGUUUUGUUCCAAGCCGGUAGCGAUUCGUCACCUCUUUCGCCGCUCCUUCGUAGCCGUCCUCUCCUCUCUCUAUAUAAAGAAUUCGUCGUAGCCGCCGCCGUCGCUGACUCCUCCUCCUCCGCCUCCGCCAUCAGCUUUCCCUUGUAUGUUUCUCGCCGAUAAUUUUCAUCGGUAAGCCCUUGGAUUUCUCAAUCGUCUUGCGAGAGAGAGAAAGAUAAGAUUACACUCUGCCUUAUCUCAAGGGUUUACUUUUUCGUUAUUCUGAUUCGAUUUUUCUGGUUUUCGGGUUGAGAGCAGGCACAGAACAUUGAUUUGUAUCGCGUGGGUUCUUUCCUGGCUAUUUAUAUUUUUAUUUUUAAAUUUUGUGCUGCAUCAGAUCUUUGUUUGAUUUCGAUACCAGAAUAAAAGAGAAUCAUCGUUUCUUUCUUUCUGUUGAAGUUUUUGGAGCGAGGGGCUUCGCGAUUUGAAAACCCACGGAUUCUUGCCUUCUUAAAUUUGGCUUGUGAAUUUGAGGGUUAGGGUUAGGGUUUUCUAGAACGAAAACCCACUUCUAGGCUGUGCCUGGUACGUGCGUCGAGGUUCUGUUUGCUCAAACUAGGAUCAAUGGCGGCGGGAAGGCAUGGGGGUUACAGAGACAAUGAGUUUAGAGAUCGCGAGGCGGAUUUGGUGAUGUCGAGGAAAGAAAUUGGCUAUUCCAAAGGAGAUUAUGAUAGAGUUUGGAAAGGGGAUCGUGAGUAUGAGAGGGGUAAGGGCAGGGGUAGCCAUGGAUACAAAGGUAGGAUGAGGCAGAAGGAUGUGAAGGAAAGGGAUGUCUCAAAUGGAGGAUAUCACUCUGCUCAUAGUCGGAGUGAUUCGGGGAGUAGUGGUGGGGCUUAUAAGAGGUUUGGGUUUGUAGUUCAAACCAUUGAUCGAGAGCCAGGUGAGCUUUCUAGUGAUGGGUCGGAUGGGGUUAUUGAUUCAGGAGCACAACAGAAUAUUGGGAUUGAAGCUAAAGUAAUGGAAAACAAUGAUCAGGUGUCUAAGAAGAGAAAGUUUUCUCCAAUUAUUUGGGAUAGAGAUGAUAGGAAGGUUGGUCAAACAGAGAAAGCAAGAAAUAACUUGGGAGGCAAUGAUCUUCCACCUCGCCCCCCUUUGGUCGAGUCUUUAGAUGAGUUGCCUAAUUCUAACUCUUCUCAGGGUGCUAACUUACAAAGUGCAACAGAAGACGACAUCGAGGUUCGUAUUCUUGAAGCUUCACCUUCUAAACUUGUUGCAUUACCUUGUUUGUCAGAAUUUCCAUCUGAAACAUCAUCACUGCCUGAAGAAGAGGAAUCUAAUGGACAUCACCUGCCAACAGAGGUAAUUAAUGACAAUGAUUAUGUUCCAGCACGAACAAUAAUAUCAUCUCGCUGGGCAACUGAUGCGGAUUCUUCGGCCGAUGAAGGAGAGAUUUCUGAUUAUGAAGACAGGCAGAAAUUGACUAGAAGGUCUGGUUCCGAGUCUGCUGAAAUAAGGGGACAAAGGAAAUCAGCAACUCCAGAGCUCGGGGAGGUUAGAAGAGACGGUUCUGAAGGAGCCAGAGCGAGAUCGUCUGAAUCAGAUGAACGGAUUAGAUCUUCAAGUAGAGAUAGUUACCGUGACAAUGAUGACCACAGUGACUACAUGGAGAUAGAUGAUGAUUGUAAAGCUAGUCAGUCUGACUCUGAGUAUGAGGAUGAUCGUGAUUCUAGUGGCUCGUCCAAGCAGGGCCAUCCUCCACAGAGGAGUUUCAAUAUGCUUCAAGGUUGCAGAAGUGUUGAUGAGUUUGAGAGACUGAAUAAGAUAGAUGAAGGCACUUAUGGAGUUGUUUAUAGAGCCAAGGAUAAGAAGACAGGCGAGAUUGUUGCACUGAAGAAAGUCAAGAUGGAGAAAGAGAGAGAAGGAUUUCCUCUGACUUCUCUCAGGGAAAUAAACAUUCUUCUUUCUUUACAUCAUCCUUCCAUUGUGGAUGUUAAAGAAGUAGUUGUUGGGAGCAAUCUUGAUAGCAUUUUCAUGGUCAUGGAGUACAUGGAACAUGAUCUGAAAGGAUUGAUGGAGACAAUGAAGCAACCUUUUAGUCAAAGUGAAGUUAAAUGUCUCAUGCUCCAACUCUUAGGGGGUAUCAAGUAUCUUCAUGAUAACUGGGUGCUGCACAGGGAUCUGAAAACUUCAAAUUUGCUUUUAAAUAACUGUGGUGAGUUGAAGAUCUGUGACUUCGGUUUGGCACGCCAAUAUGGAAGCCCUUUGAAGCCGUACACUCACAUGGUUGUUACGCUAUGGUACAGGGCACCUGAACUUCUUUUGGGAGCUAAACAAUAUUCUACGGCAAUUGAUAUGUGGUCAUUGGGAUGCAUAAUGGCUGAGUUGUUGUCCAAAGAACCAUUGUUUAAUGGCAAGACUGAGGUUGAUCAGCUUGACAAGAUAUUCAAGAUUCUUGGCACUCCAAGUGAGACAAUAUGGCCUGGCCUUUCAAAACUGCCUGGAGCCAAGGUGAAUUUUGUCAAGCAUAAGUACAAUCUAUUGCGUAAGAAAUUUCCAGCAACAUCUUUCACUGGAUCACCUGUACUCUCUGAUGCUGGGUUUGACCUUUUGAACAAGCUUUUGACUUAUGACCCUGAGAAGCGGAUAACUGCCGACGCAGCUCUCAACCAUGAAUGGUUCCGGGAGGUGCCGCUGCCCAAGUCAAAGGAGUUCAUGCCCACUUUUCCUGCUCAACAUGCACAAGACAGGCGAAUGAGAAGGGUAAUGAAGAGUCCUGAUCCAUUGGAAGAGCAAAGGAGGAAGGAACUACAAGGAGGAUUAGGCAAUGGUGGUUUGUUUGGCCAAUAACACCAAGAUCCAAGAUGCAGUCUUCACUUGAUUAAACACGAGAGGUAUGAGCAAACUGGAAGGCUGCAAACAAAGUCUGUGAGGUUUCCACUUCCACUCUUUAUCAGGCAUCUGAUGAUUUAGGUGGACGGUCUUCAUAAUGUACUUGUGAGUCAGUUAUGAUGCAGGUUGGGUUGCUGGUGGUUUUCUGAAUAUGGGAAUGCACAUUUGUUACCACUUUCCUGAAAGGUGUGGCACAAGGGUGUUCCCUAUUAUAAAUUUGUUCUGGUUAACAUUGUACUUGUAACAUAUUUGAUGCUGGAACCCCUUGAACUCUGAUAUUGAUAUUGAUUAUUGAAUCAGAUUGCUUAUAUGCUCUUAGUGCUAUCGGUUUUAAUUGUGAUAUUGUGUUUGCAAGAAAUGGUGUAAGGUGGAGUGGACAUUCCUAGCUUUUCAUUGCUGAAGAAUUUGACAAAGUAUUGCAGUCUAGAGGAGCACAAAAUCCAGAAGUACAAUAUCCAAAAUCCACAGAGUAGAGAAUACUUAUCCCUGUGCAAGCCAAGCAGGUUGAGGAGCUCACUUAGCUCUCGUAUUAAUUUAUUUUUGGACUUGUCUUCUGAUCGAUGAAGGCUUAGAGGUACUGGGCCGCGCUUUUACACACACUCGGUAUGACAUUUUACUUGAUCCCAAGCAUGUGUUGGGAAAUCUAUUAUACAAAGAUGCCUUUAGAUAUAUGAUUACUAUUGAUGCUGUUUUGAAACUGAGAUUGAACAUAUGAAAGUUAUACAUAGGCAUGGAUUGAAUCAA